AUGACCAACUCGCACGCCAAGUCCAUCCUCAACGCCAUGAACGCCCUGCGGAAGAGCAACACGCUCUGCGACGUCACUCUCCGCGUGGAGCACAAGGACUUCCCGGCUCAUCGCAUCGUCCUGGCUGCCUGCAGUGACUACUUCUGCGCCAUGUUCACCAGCGAGCUUUCAGAGAAAGAUAAGCCCUAUGUAGAUAUCCAGGGAUUGACAGCCUCCACCAUGGAAAUCCUGCUAGACUUUGUAUAUACAGAAACUGUUCACGUGACAGUAGAAAACGUCCAAGAAUUGCUCCCAGCGGCAUGUCUGCUUCAGCUGAAAGGUGUGAAACAAGCUUGCUGUGAGUUUCUAGAAAGCCAGCUGGAUCCAUCAAAUUGUUUGGGCAUUCGGGAUUUUGCUGAGACACACAAUUGUGUUGAUCUAAUGCAAGCUGCAGAGGUCUUCAGCCAGAAACAUUUUCCAGAGGUGGUUCAGCAUGAAGAGUUUAUCCUCUUAAAUCAAGAAGAGGUUGAAAAGCUCAUCAAGUGUGAUGAAAUUCAGGUGGACUCUGAAGAGCCGGUUUUUGAGGCGGUUAUAAACUGGGUGAAGCACUCCAAAAAAGAACGGGAAGCAUCACUGCCAGAACUGCUGCAGUACGUGCGCAUGCCGCUUCUAACCCCCCGCUACAUCACAGACGUCAUCGACACCGAGCCUUUUAUACGAUGCAGUCUGCAGUGCAGAGACCUCGUAGAUGAAGCUAAGAAAUUUCAUCUUCGUCCCGAACUCCGGAGUCAGAUGCAAGGACCUAGGACAAGAGCACGUCUAGGAGCUAAUGAAGUCCUGCUUGUGAUCGGCGGCUUUGGCAGCCAGCAGUCACCUAUUGAUGUUGUGGAGAAAUACGACCCGAAGACUCAGGAGUGGAGUUUCUUGCCAAGCAUCACCCGUAAGAGACGGUACGUCGCUACAGUGUCCCUGCAUGAUCGGAUCUAUGUGAUUGGGGGGUAUGAUGGUCGCUCUCGUCUCAGCUCGGUGGAGUGCUUGGAUUAUACAUCAGAUGAGGAUGGUAUCUGGUACUCUGUGGCUCCAAUGAAUGUACGGCGAGGCCUGGCGGGAGCCACGACCCUUGGAGACAUGAUCUAUGUUUCCGGUGGGUUUGAUGGAAGCCGACGUCACACCAGUAUGGAACGAUACGACCCGAACAUUGAUCAAUGGAGUAUGCUGGGAGAUAUGCAGACAGCACGGGAAGGAGCGGGGCUUGUUGUAGCUAACGGAGUUAUCUACUGCCUCG